GCGCGCUCCGCCCACUCCGGCCGUCGGGCCGCGGGGAUAAAGAGCGCUCGUGCUCUGUAGCAGCGGCUGCGCCUUCAACACACACAGGCUACGGCGCUGGCACCGCGCGGCCCCGCUGCUCCGGGUGCAGAACCUGAGCUUACCUGACGUCCGUUUUCUAAUUUUUGAUCCGUUGUGCCGCAGUCUUGCCGGCCUCGCCAGAAACAGUGAGCAGAAUGAACACCACCCAGGACCAGAGCAGCUCCACCAGUGUCCGAGAGCCCCUUCUGCGGUGUAGCGACGCGCGCCGGGACCUGGAGCUUGCCAUUGGUGGAGUCCUCCGGGCCGAGCAGCAGCUUAAAGAUAACUUGCGAGAGGUGAAAGCGCAGAUUCACAGCUGCAUCAGCCGCCACCUGGAGUGCCUGCGCAGCCGCGAGGUGUGGCUGUACGAGCAGGUGGAUCUCAUCCAUCAGCUCAAAGAGGAGACGCUUCAGCAGCAGGCACAGCAGCUCUCCUGGCUCCUGGGCCAGUUCAAUUGUCUUAUUCAUCAGCUGGAGCGCACCCAAAGCAAAGAUCUAGCCAAUCAAGUCUCUGUGUGUCUGGAGAGACUGGGUAGUUUGACCCUUAAGCCCGAAGAUUCGACUGUCUUGCUCUUUGAAGCUGACACUACCACACUGCGCCAGACCAUCACCACGUUUGGGUCCCUGAAGACCAUUCAAAUCCCUGAGCAUCUGGUGACUCAUGCUAGUUCAGCAAGCAUUGGGCCCCUCCUAGAGAAAAGAGGUCACAUUCCAGUGCCAGAGCAGCAGAAGUCAGCGGCCAGCAGCGUGGCUGUACCCGUCAGCGAGUGGCUUCUUGGAAGCAAAUCUGCCAGCAGUCGCCAGGCUCCUUUCAUGCCCAGCACUAACCCGCAGGACUGGCUGAGCCACAAACAGAGCUUCGAGAACAGCCAGACGUCUGCCAGAGCCUUCAGUGUCUUCAGUGAUGUCUGGGGCAACCUAAAGGGCUUAGAAAACUGGCUGCUCAAGAGUCAGCACCCAGCAGUUCCUGGAAGACCAAGUUUCCCGAAGCGCAAGAGCCACUCUCCCAGCAGUUCCCCUUCCGUUGAAGCUGAGAAAGCUGGCAAUUUGGAGAAUCUGGAUCAAGAUGCCCUGGGGCUGUCUGAGUGGCUGGUGACUCCCCAGGAGCCCCACAAGCUAGAGAAGCCUGAGAGCAGCAGCCAGGAAGCUGGUGAGAAGUUUAAGCACCUGUUCCCAGCGUUCCAGGAGCCUUACAGUGUGAGUGAGUGGCUUGCCCAGCCUGCCUCCUGUACCAACUGUCAGGGCAACCAGCCCAGAGGGGUGGAAAUCGAAAACCUGGGCAAUCUGAAGUGCCUGAACGAUCACUUGGAGGCCAAGAAACCGCUGUCCACGCCCAGCAUGAUUACUGAAGAUUGGCUUGUCCAGAACCAGCAAGAGCCAUACAAAGUAGAGGAAGUGUGCAAAGCCAACGAGCCCUGCACAAGCUUUGCGGAGUGUGUGUGUGAGGAGAAUUGUGAGAAGGAAGCUCUGUGGCGAUGGCUUCUGAAGAAGGAAGGAAAGGAUAAAAAUGGGAUGCCCAUGGAAGCCACGUCUGAGCUUGAGAAUCACAAGGAGCUCACCGAGUGGCUCUGUCCUUCCGGAAAAGAGGCAGUGGAACAAGCUAAGGCACUAAAGGCGUUCAGUCCUUCAAGAAUUGCUGAUUCCUUCCAGGUCCUCAGAAACAGUUCCUUGUCAGAGUGGCUUGUCAGGCCCUCAUGCAAAGAAGGGAGCCCCAAGAAAGUGCCAAAUACUGGGGACCAGGUUGGCAAGCCAAAGCUUAAUAGCCCCAUGACCACUUCCUGGUGCUCCUUUAACACUGCUGACUGGGUCUUGCCUGGAAAGGUGGAAAGCAUCAGCCAGUCCUCUGGAGACAAGUGGCUCCUGCGAAAGAAGGCCCAGGAGGUAUUUCUUAAUUCACCCCUACAAGAGGAACAUAACUAUGCGGAACGCUAUGGCCUCCCAGCUGUUUGUGAUCUCUUUGCUUGUAUGAAGCUUACACUUGAUAAGGAAAAGUGGUUGUAUCGAACCCCUCUACAGAUGUGAAGGAGAAGACCGCCACUCCGGAGCUUGUCUACGGAUCAUCUCACUUCCGGCCGGGAGAUGUAGCUGCCUCUCCAUUGUGUUUCUGGAUCUGACCAAUCAGCUUAGCUCCUUUCCUGCCUGAGUUUGAGCUAGCCAAGAGACCUCAUCAAAUUAUGGGCCACUUUGUUACAGAAAGAGGCUGUUGGUUGAUGCUGAGGUGAUUUGUUUCUCCUGUAUGAAUUUUCCCUGACACUGGGAAGGCAGUGUUGUGGGGCCCAGGCCUCUUGACACUGGAUUGUUCAUGGAAUCACGUAAAUACCAUAGUCUCAAAGUAAACCACCUAUGUUCAGCAUCCUGAAGCUAGCAAACUCCCGAGCCUUUUUCUGGCCCCUUACCUGCUUCUCUUGCUGUGGGUUUUCUUGGCUUAGUGGUCUGAAAAUGAUUGUCCUGUUAAAUUAAUACACAGCCUACUGCACACAGAAAUUAAUCUGGCCAAUAUGGUGGUAUUUUUCCCUUACCAAAAUGUGUAUUAGUAAUCUUGGCUAUUUGUGACACUAAUUACCAGACAUUGUAGCCUACUUAUCAACCUGACAUUUUUUUUCUUCAUUCCUUUCUCUGUAACUGAAUUAUUCAGAACCCUUUGAGGACUGUACUGUUUCAAAAACCCUUUCAGGUUUGUCCCAGCUUUUUUUCCAGUAUCCACACACCUACAGGCUCUAAAGAGUCCCAGCUGGAGAUGUAGUACUUGAACCAUUCGCCACCUUAGGGAUUUCUGGUGCAUCCUGUGUAAACGAAACCUGAGCUUAACACCUGGUGCUUUUGCCUUGGGGUGGUCGAUGUCCUAUGGAUGCAAGCCCAGCAUUCCUGUACCUCCAAAAGUACAGUGCAGUGGCAUUUUAGUGGACAGGUGGUUUCAACACUUGUGCCUUGGGGUGCUUACUGAAGUUUUAUGGAUGAAACCAUUGGUUGGUUUCUCAGUAUCCUUAAAGUCAUGUUUAAACCUUUUUCUGCAGGAAGUGAGUGAGACUUGUUUUACAAUUUUGAGAUCUUAGCUGCCUUCCAGGCUUCAAUACUAUUAAGCCUCUUAACUGCCUGUGUUACUGGAAAUACUUAGAAGGAAAUAGUCUCACAGUGACACUGUCAUACAGUCCUUUGAACCACAGCUGAAAGAAGCCUCUCAUUUUGUCAUCCUGCCAGGUAUCACUGAGAAUUAUAAUAAAGGCGAUGGGUAAAAACAACUUAGCCUUUCCAACAUCUUAGUUGCAGGAAGCUUUGUAGGCUCAUUUUUGAGAUCUAGCACACCCUAAUAUACAUUAAUCACUACGGUAAUGAGUAUGUAAACUAUUCUUUUGCACUGAUGUGUUUUAUACCUCCCUCCAUUAAAAGUGUAACAGCCA